GUAAUUGAUGUAUCUAUUUAUCUCCUGUUGCAUCGACCAAAAUCCAAAGCUGUGAACCAGCUCUAAAAAUAUAAACAUCAACUCAGAUUUUAUAUACACGUCCUCAUUUCAAUAUACAGCCGUAGACUUUAGGUUUCAGGGCAGAGCUUUAUUCUGAAGGCGGAGGCCGGAUGUGUCGCGUGCUCCGGUCUCGCGCUUCACCGUCUGUGGCCGCGCAGCGUCAGUCGCGUCGCGUCGCUCUUCCUCCGCUCAAAGACGCUUCGGAGAGAUUUUCUCUCCGCGGAUCUGCGUCCAGUCACGGCGUCUCUGCUGCACACCGACACCUGGAAGAGUCCGACCGGAUCCAUCCGACGUCUGGAGGGCUGGAGCUUAACCGAAAAUAAACCCGCGGAUGGUUUUGUCUCCAGGCGGGGGACCUGGAAACCCGGGCCCGCAGUGGGAGCAGGGAGGAGGCCCCGACGCCCCCUUGGUCUGACCCAGAAAAGAGCACCGACGGCCGGGCUGCCUGUCAACUAGAAGGCCGGCUAGCCACUGGCCACACCGGAGCUCGGAGGGUGGCACCCGAGGAGGACGGAUAACGGGAUACUUCCUUAACGUUAUCCAUUAGGACCUAUUUUUGUUCUUAUUAUUCAUCAGGAAGGAUUUAUCAGCGCUAAAAAAUUAAAUAGCGACCUUCUGGAGAUCGGGGAGCUGGAGGCUAGCUAACUCCGGGCUAGCUGCCCCAGUUAGCUUCUCUCCCCGGCAGCCGGACAGCGGAGGCUCCGGAGCGGGGACGGAGGAGUACAGGCGCCCUCUCGAUACUUUCUCACCACUUUACGGACUUCACCGGAGAUACCGACAAUGGCUGCCUUAAUCAAGGAAAUCGUCAGCAGAAAUAAAAGGCGAUACCAGGAGGACGGCUUUGACCUGGACCUGACCUAUAUCUAUCCGAACAUCAUAGCGAUGGGCUUCCCCGCUGAGCGUCUGGAAGGAGUCUACAGGAACAACAUCGACGACGUCGUGCGGUUUCUGGACUCGAAGCACAGGAACCGCUAUAAGAUCUACAACCUAUGUGCGGAGCGACAUUACGACACAGCAAAGUUCAACUGUCGAGUCGCUCAGUUUCCGUUCGAGGACCACAACCCCCCCCAGCUGGAGCUGAUCAAGCCGUUCUGCGAGGACUUGGACAAGUGGCUGAGCGAGGACGAGCAGCACGUCGCCGCCAUCCACUGCAAGGCGGGAAAGGGCCGCACCGGCGUCAUGAUCUGCGCCUACCUGCUGCACCGAGGCAAGUUUCAGGAAGCUCAGGAGGCUCUGGACUUCUACGGAGAGGUCCGCACCCGGGACAAGAAGGGCGUGACGAUCCCCAGUCAGCGGCGAUACGUCAUCUACUACAGCUUCCUGCUGAGGAACCAGCUGAUGUACAAACCUGUCGCUCUGCUCUUCCACAAGAUGCUGUUCGAAACCAUCCCCAUGUUCACGGGAGGCACCUGCAAUCCUCAGUUUGUGGUGUACCAGCUGAAGGUGAAGAUCCACACGUCUAACCCCGCCAACACCCGGCGGGAAGACAAACUGAUGCUGUUUGAGUUCCCGCAGCCACUUCCUGUCUGCGGAGACAUCAAGGUGGAGUUCUUCCACAAGCAGAACAAGAUGAUGAAGAAGGAAAAGAUGUUCCACUUUUGGGUCAACACCUUCUUCAUCCCGGGGCCGGAGGAGAACCUCGACAAACUGGAGAACGGCAGCGCUGGGACGCAGCGGGAACCGUCCGACAGAACGCACCAGAACCCGGGGAUGAUGACGACAAUGAUGAUGGGAGGAGAAACCAACGACAGAGACUACCUGGUUCUCAGUCUGACCAAGAACGACCUGGACAAGGCCAACAAAGACAAGGCCAACAGGAACUUCUCCCCGAACUUCAAGGUGAAUCUGUAUUUUACCAAGACGGUAGAGGAAGGAGCUAACUGUGACGCGAGCAGCACGUCGGCCUCGGUGACGCCUGAUGUCAGCGAUAAUGAACCGGAUCAUUAUCGGUAUUCGGACACGACAGACUCGGACCCGGAGAACGAGCCGUUCGAAGAGGACCAUCACAAUCAGAUCACAAAAGUCUGACACACAUACACACUCGCACACACACACACACACACACACACUCGCACACACACACACGAAGCCCCAAACUAAGACUAGCUUGUUGUUAGCUAACGGGGGAAUAUAACCGACGGACCAGAACUGAUCUGUGGGACUCUCAAAUCAAAGAGUUCAGAUCAGGAUAUAAGCCCCCCCUCCCCAAUCUUCUGCUCAAUGCACAGCUGGACAAUCACAUGACAUGGCGGUCGGAGGUGAGGAGGGCGGGGAUACAUGUGUGGGCGGGGCCAGGCCGGGCAAAGAGAUUGGCGAGAUUAAAAAAAAAAAUAAAGGAGUAAAACUUGAAUAUAAACAAACUGAAAGACAAGUAGACUUCUUUAGUGACUACACCAAGAUGUUUGUUGGAUGAAUCCCCGUGUGUCCUUCCUUCCUGAACAGUUUUAGGAAACUUUAUGCAGACAAAUCUUAAUUUUUUUCCGACUCUUCCCUCUUCAGUCUUGUUAAGCUGUUCUGGAGAGCCGACUCUUCUCUCUGUGUGCUAACGUCUCAUUUUUCAGCCCAAAUUUACGAACUUUACUUUUUGUCUUCUUGUCAUGUGUGGACCCAUGUGGAUUUUUAAAGGCCAGCAGUGAUUGUCGUUUCGGCUAAAUUAAAUCUGCACUUAUAAAAUUUGUAAAUUCUUAUUCUUUAAAUCCGCAGUGUUUCUGUCAGUUUCCUUCUCGUCAGGUUCAACAGGCACUGAAACUAAAAGUAAUAUUACUGACUGAAAGUAUUUUUAUUAUUAUUUUACGACAUACAUCACACCGCGGUGCCGACCAGUAGGUUAAAGCCUGCUGGUGUAAAACAAAAACACUACAAACGUACCAGGGGAUGUUAUUGUUUCACCCAGGUUGUUUUAAAAGUAGUAAAUUGGUUGAAACUGGUUUUCCUGAUUACUUUACGUUCUCUCACAUUAAAACAUAACCCUGGUCUUUCAAAACCCUCCUGACGAUGAACAGAGCGGUUUGGAUCAGUAUCACAUUGGACCAGUCAGUCUGAGUUGGCGUGGACCAGUUUGAACCGGUUUGGACCAGUUAGCGUAAUCCAUUUUGUACUGAGUCACUUGGGGAAAGUUUGAGCUGGUUCAGACCAGCCAGUCUGAGUCCGCCUGGACGAGUCUAACUCUGGAAUACAAAUGAGAUGUUUGAUCUAAAGGUUUACUGAAUGUUUUCUAACUUGACAUUGAAAACUCUCCAACCAAAGAACUUCUGAGCCCCCCAAACUUAUUUUUUAAAUCUUGUUCCCAGUCUUGAGUCAUGUUUGGACAAAGCUGGACCAGUGUCAGUGCCGGCCUUUACCAAAUGUUGACCAGUCUGGAUUGGCUUUGGGACGAAGCAGCACACAGAGAGAAGUGACAGCCUGUUGUUUGAAUGUGACAAUGGAGAAGAGAAACUUAGAUUAUUCACAAUCCGCUGCAGUUCUGUCAAUCAUCUACUGUUGAAAACACACGUACAGUACAAACCUACUGUGAACAAAAAUGCUAUUACUACUUUUCUGUCUGUCUACAGUUUUGCACAGAAGGAUUCUCUUCAGCCCUUCAAUCAGAUCCUACAGUUACAGAAAAGUUAUUUUCGUUAUACUCUGACUUAUAUCAAACAUUAAGCUAAACAACAAACAAGCUACACACAGUAUAACCAUUCCUUCAGCCGGAUCUAUACACCUAUGUAGGCUAACACACCCUGACACAACUACAGCAGAAAUCUAUGACUCCAGAGCGCUUGGUUUGGAUGUGCCUGGGAUGCCAGGCGGGCGGCACUUUAUAAAGGACAGUUCACUGAAUAUUAACAGCUUUGCACGUAUUUCCGGGCAAGCUCAGUCCAUCCAAGGAAGCCAGCUUGGCUCAUGUUGUGCUGAUUUCUGUCAAGUUGAAAGAUACAGUCCUUUUAUAAAGCUGCCGUUUGUGAGGUUUCAGCUCAGAGUUUCUCAACCUUGAGGUCAGGACCCAACGUGGGUUUACGGUAGAUAUCCAAGACGGAUAAAGUGAUGUUUGCUUGAUAGAUUUUUAGUAAAAAUAUAAAGUAAAGAUCACUGUCUGGUCCAUUUGGAGCUCCCUCUGUGCUCUCGAAGACUCUUGAGUCACAAGUAUUUUGGGAUCACUGGCCAGAAGAUGUUGAGAAACGCUGUUCUACCAAGGUGCCAGAAGUUUGUUUGAGCAUGUUCUUAAAUCAGCACCCAGCUGCUGACCAAACAGCUUCCAGCAGGUUUCAAGACCACAGUCGGUCUUGAGAGCCAUGAGGUUCAGCCUCUGUGUGUCUUUGGUUUCUGACAUUUCAAAAAGGGUGUUGCUCUAUAAUUACUAUUACUCUGUCCAUAGACUAUUAAUCGUUUUACUCACUACUACUUCUUGGAGACAUUUAAGCACUUAAAGUCUUGCAAACUGUACCUUUAACGCCAGGGACGACAGUUUGAGGAUCACAUUAGCAUUACAGCAGGUUCGAGACUAUUCCAUCUGGCAAGUGAACAUUAGGGAUUCUCCGAUUCAUCUUUUUAGAUCCCAGAUUUCAUUAGAGGAAACCAAUCCAAAACUAAUCACCAGCUGGUUCCAGUUCUUUGGGCUCUUACCGAAUGUUGGGGCUUGCCCUUUCAUUGAACAAUCUAAAAGAGAGAUUUUAAAACUUUUUUUUUCUAAAUGUAAACAGACUUUUGGAUGAUUAUUGUGUGGAUGUACCUUCUUAUGUCCACAAAGUAAGCUUCCUCCUGCUCGGCAAGUGUUCGACUGCAAAAACUACCACCAUUUGACUUAAAAUGGCACUGUUUCAGAUGCCCGUGCAGCCGGGAACAGGCAGGGAAAGCCCUGUUUGAAGGUUUGUUUGCAUCACCCAAGUUGCAAGAGACCACCUAUGAAGUAAUUUGUACUGAAUAGUAGCCAAUUCGUCCCAGUUGCAUCAGAUUGAUUGGAGCAUCCCUAACGAUCAUCUAAAGGAACAUCUGCCUCCAGAUCGGAUGAAGUUUUAGUCCUGGUGUCUGAUUUCCGUCCUAACAUUUGGUGCUACUACCUAUCAUUGGCACCGCAUUGGUCCUGUAGUUAUUGAUUGUCCAUCUUAGGUGUCGUAUCAAGAUUCUGGAUUGGGUCUUGAAGUUCUUGUUGUCGACCCUGUAGGCCUUGUCAAGAGCCUGAUCACACAGGACGUACUCCGGAGGCUAGAAAACACAAAAUCCUGAGCGCUGCUUUUAUUAUAAGAAGCUGCAAGGGCAGAAGCACUGACACUGUCGUUGUAAGGCCCACUACAAGAUGCUUAGACAGAAGGCAUUGUACAUUUCCCAACCUCAAAUUCCAUCUAGACAUCAGAACAAACUCGAAGAGUCAGCGGCACUCGGUAGAACUCUGAAAGGCCAAUGACGAUAAUAUCAAGUGUGUUUGGUUUCGAUCGUGACAUCCCAGAAGUGUGAAAGACCGGGGUUGACCCUGACAGAGCAGGGGACGAAAUGGCCUCAGGCGUAGGGAGGCUUUUUCACAGCGAGGGGGACCGGACUGAUAAACAGAAUACCCUGGUUCCAGACCUUUUGAAUCACUGCUGAAUUGAUGGCUAUUUCCUGGUUGGAAAAAGAGUUGAGCCAAUCAGAGCUUUUUUUAUUUUAGGGGUAAUGCCAGCUUCCAAGUGCCAGAGCCAGAAAAAUGUCCACAAAAUAUAACGACAGGCAUAGAUGAGAUGUUUCCAGCUGUACAGGUUGUUAGUCGACUUACUUUCUGUCGAAGGAAGGAACAGAGAAAAAAUGGACAUUCUGAUUAUCAGAUUGUAAACAUCUGGAUCUCAAAACUCCUAGAGGUCAUUGGAACAAGUAGAAAAAGCUACCUGCCGCUGAUAAAAUUGCGUCCUGUGUGAUCAGAUCUUGAGGUGUAGCACUCAAGCUCAAUGAAAACCUCUUGUAGCGUCGUGCUACCAGCAAACCAGUGCUUUUGAACAGCCAUUGCUGGGCCUACAGUUGAUCUUGUUGGGUUUAAGGUGCUAAGCUAAGCUAGCCAGGGCUGAUGCUGAGCCUGUUGUCCAUCUGUGGUGCUCUCUACCAGCCACGAGUGUUCGUCCAGUCUUGAUCUGUGAUGCCAAGCAGCUCUGUCGUCAGUGGCGAUCUAUCCACAGGCUCUGUUUGUGUAUUUUACAGCAACAACAACACACUUCCUGUCUUGAGUCCUGUUAGGUGCUGUCAGGUCUGGCCUCACUUCCUGUCAUCAACCCGUUCAGACAUGACUGGUGUGUAGACUUGUUCAGUGGAGGGACUUCAAACCUUAACGAGUUCACCCAGAAAACACAACUAACUACUGCAAACUGGUGUGGACUCCAGAAACAGAACCAGCAAACCUGGAUUACAUUUUCCACAGUACCACAAAAACUGUUUUUAUUUUAACGCCGGCAUCUCAGCAAACUGAAGCCACUCAUCUUGAGUGUUAAUGAUCUUCACCCCUUAACAACAGCAUCAACACAUGGUUUGAUAACGGACGUUUAGAGGGCAGAACGUCGAGGUACAUGAACGCUGGUAGUCUACUGCACAUACCUGUGCACUGAGCGGGUUUCGGGUAUUUGAGGCCAGGCAGGUGCUGUCCAUGUCUCUGACUGUUAUAGGUGCUCGAUAUGUUUUUCUUUUGACCAUUUUACAGUUGUUGGUCACAGACAACACGUCCUAGUUCAACUGCGUCAAGUCCAUCUGGGAGAUUUGGACAGAAAUGAGUGUCGUUUGUUAAUGAACAGAACCAGUGUCAGAAAGAGAAUUUAAACCUUAACUCAGAUUUCACAAAAUUUGGCAACAGAUAUUUGCCGUAUCUAAAAGUAUACAAUGAAUGUUUUGAAACAAAAACAUCCAUUAGAUGGUCAGGGUUCCUGCACCGAUCCAGAAAGUCAGAGAAAAAACAGAAAAGGAAGUGACAAAAACUUUGAGAUAUUACUUAAGUGCUUUUCUGCUUACGGAUCUCCGCACAGAAAACAGAAGGCUACAGAAAAGUGUAGCGGAGAAUCAGUAACGUGUUGAGAUCAGCGGCUUUCAGUUUGGCAUUAACAGCGAAACCAGCCACGUUUCCACUGAAGUCAUUGACGCCCGAGACGACACGAGUUUGAAUCUGGACUCUGUAAAGGAACCUUGAACUUGGUUUUGGCGUUUUAUGCCCCAGAAAUACUACUCUAAAUUAACGUUUAAUCUUUAACAAUCACAAUUAACUAACAGUUUUAAACGUGGAAUAAUAUACUCAGACUCCAGUAAUUCCUUCAGUGAGAAAGCUUCUUUGUUUUGUCUGUUUUAGCCGACCAGACGACGCUUCAACUUUCUGUUUACAUCUCAUAACCAAACCUGCCAAAAUGAAGCUCAGAAUGAUGUUUUAUUUUGUAAUUUUUUGUUUGUUUGUUGGUUAGUUUGGAGUUGACAAGGUAAACAUGAUCUAUGUUCAUGUUCCUUCUUCUUUUUGCCUUAAGGUGCGGCACAUUAUCCCUCCGUUCAACAUAACUGCCCCGCACUCGGACCAGUAACGGGAUGUGAUGUCAGGGUAGUCUGGUAGUGUCAUAUUGUACAAAAACAUCAGUAAAAUAAUGGAGUCUACAUUUCAGAACCCAACGUAUCAGUGUUUCUAUUGGCCGAACGUGCAAAUUCAAACGUGGAAGGUGAACUAGCACCUGCGAGACGGCCGGAGGUCCUCACUGAAACAGGAAGUCCAUUCUUGAAUUUGUCGUUUUGGCUUUUAUUGAAGUGAACGAGAGAUGGAACAAGUAUUCGCACGACGGAGGCGUCAUGUGACCGCACCUUUACUUGAAGCCAACAACAGUUUUCUGCUCCUCAGCAGUUCCUCUGCAGUUCAGAGUCGUGUACAUCAGCCCCCCUCGCGGCCUCUGUAACGUCUGUCCAAAAGGACGUCACGUGUUGGAAAGCAGCGUCACGAAACAAGUAACGCCUGAACGCCGACUCCAAACCACGUUUAUGUUGCAUCUUUGUCGGGUCAAAAUGUUUGAAAAUGAUCGGCACUCUUAUUCCAACAGCUGCUCGACGAUAACAUCCAACCUGUUCGCGUCGAAGAACGUUUCAAAAUGAUUAACAAUUUACCGUUUGCUAAGCCCCGCCCCCUUCAGUACCUGUAGCUAACCUGCCGAUCUUUCCGUUCUCACACAGCACGGUUAACAAUGAUCACACGUUUACCAUCAGGAUUCAUAUAAACCACUAACUUCCUGCACACGGCUCUGAUCCUCCUGCGUCUCACCUGCAGAAACUGCCGGAGCAGAACUUUGUUGUUUCGUUCAGUUUCAGGUUUCAGCUCAGCGGUCUACAGUGUUUCUGUUCAUGAUGAUGAUUGUCUUGUUUUUGUCAGGUAUUGAUUUUGUAAUAAAAAAAAACAGAAAACUCACCAUAACUACCGGCCUGUAUCACCAUGGAAAACAUUUCAUGUUAAACUGACAGACCCCCCCCCCGUUCAUUUAUUCUUCCCCUUCUUGUUUUAUAAUGAAAUAAAAACACUGUAAAGGUGAAUAAACUAUUUAUAAACAUC